CGCCCUUUCCGCCGUGGCUUUCCGGUGAUGGCGGCGGGCGGUAGCGACCCGCGGACGGCAGACGUGGAGGAGGACGCCUCGCAGCUCGUCUUCCCCAAAGAAUUUGAAACUGCAGAAACUCUGCUGAACUCCGAGGUGCACAUGCUGCUGGAGCACCGCAAGCAGCAGAACGAGAGCGCGGAGGAUGAGCAGGAGCUGUCAGAAGUCUUCAUGAAAACCUUGAACUACACCGCGCGCUUCAGCCGCUUCAAAAACCGCGAAACCAUCGCCAGCGUGCGCAGCUUACUGCUGCAGAAGAAGCUCCAUAAGUUUGAACUGGCAUGUUUGGCUAACUUGUGUCCUGAGACAGCCGAGGAAGCAAAAGCUCUGAUUCCUAGCCUGGAGGGCCGGUUUGAGGAUGAAGAAUUGCAGCAGAUUCUGGACGACAUUCAGACUAAACGCAGCUUCCAGUACUAAGGUUACCCCUCAGCCCCUUUACCUGAGCAGGAAAUCCUGAGGACCUGGGCUGUUUCUGAGCCCUCUGCAUCAGUCCAGCUCCCAGCUGAGCGAGGGGAGUUGUGGGUGCAGGGUGCUCCAGUGCUGUGUUGCCACAGGUGCAUUCAGACUGGAGAUGAGCAUUGUCCUUUUGGUUUGUUCCACGUGUAUGUUGGCAAGGAUCCCCUGAGCUGUGAGAGCAAAGAAUCUGAAAGGCCUUUUCCCAGUGGCUCAAGUAUUUGUUUCUUCCCUAAUCCCUCUCCCCAGGUUGUAAAUUUUCAAUGUUUUUGGUUUUUAGCAGAAAUGUAGAUGUGAUUUUGUGUUUUUUAGGAACUUCUAAAGGAUGUGGAAACUUGUUCAUGGUUCUCAGAAAGCUCAGUGAUGAGCAGCAUCAAUAUCUGUGCUGGUUUUUGUUUGUUUGUUUUAUUGUUUGAUCGGGACAGUGAAUUUUUACAGCUUCAAUAUUUUUCUAUUAUUGUUUAGUGUAAAUUAAAAGAUAUUUUAAAUUAAA